AGAAGUUGAGAAAUCUAUUUAACCUAUAAGUUGUACAUUAUGACGACAUUCAUAUACCAAUGAAUUUAUAUAUUUAAACUUUAUCUUAUUAAUAAAUCAAGUGUUUCAAAAGUUAUUUUGUUCAUAUCUUUAUAAUUUGUGUUCAAGAUUUCAUAUUUUGAGUAAGUUUUAGUCCAGAAUGUCUGAACGAAAAGUAUUAAAUAAAUAUUAUCCACCGGAUUUCGAUCCUUCAAAAAUCCCUCGGUUGAAGCAAGCUCGCAACAGACAAUAUACAGUCCGUAUGAUGGCCCCUUUCAAUAUGCGAUGUGUUACCUGUGGAGAAUACAUUUACAAAGGAAAAAAAUUCAAUGCACGGAAAGAAGAUGUUGAAAAUGAAGAUUAUUUGGGCAUCAGGAUCUACAGAUUCUAUAUUAAGUGCACCAGAUGCUUGCAAGAAAUAUCAUUUAAAACCGACCCCAGGAAUACAGACUAUGAAAUUGAAGCUGGUGCCACUAGAAACUUUAUGGCAUUAAAAAGAGCAGAGGAGCAAGCUGAACGAGAAUUACAAGAAAUUAAAGAUGAAGAAGCGAAUAAUCCCAUGAAACAAUUAGAGAAUAGAACUCAACAAUCUCGGAAUGAAAUUGAAUUGCUUGAAUCAUUAGAAGAAUUACGUGACUUAAACCGUAGACAACAAGCAGUUGAUUAUGACAGUAUGCUUAAACAGUAUAAUACACAAGAGACAGCACGAGAACGAGAAGAACGCUUACAAAGAGAAGAUGAAGAAUACAUCAAGUCAGUAAAUUUUGGAUCAAACAAAGUUAUUAUUGCUGAAGAAAUCAUUGAAGAAGAUAAUACAGAAAGUUCUCAAAAAGGUCUUGAUUUGCUGAAAGAUAACGCGAAUGGAAAGCAAUUGACUAAAGCUACUUCUAAUAGCAACAAUUCCUGGAAUAAAAGCAUUGGUGUAAGUAAGAAGUCAAUUUUAGGAGGUUUAGUUAAAACUAAAUUACCAACCCCUAAGCCUGAAAUAGAGGAAAAAGUCAAUCCUAGCAAGACAAUCCAAUCAGAAGUUAAAUCUAAUGCAUUGUCGUUGCUAGGUGCUUAUACUGACAGUGAAAACGAAGAUUCAAGCUAA